UAACUUUAACUUUUUUGAUUUGAUCAAAAGAAAAAAGAAUAAUAAAAUAAUUGAAUUGAACGGCGAGAGGAGGGUAAAGAUUGAAGAGGCGAGGAGAAGAAGAGGUUUUUGAAUUGAAAGCAGAAAAGAAGACAUCGUCAUCUCAUCAUGAGCAACGAAUACGAUUACCUCUUUAAGCUUCUUAUCAUCGGUGACUCCUCCGUCGGAAAAUCUUGCUUGCUUCUCCGAUUCGCCGAUGACUCUUAUGUCGACAGCUACAUUAGCACCAUCGGCGUCGAUUUUAAAAUCAGAACGGUUGAACUUGAAGGCAAAACCGUCAAACUCCAAAUUUGGGAUACGGCGGGACAAGAGCGAUUCAGGACUAUAACAAGCAGUUAUUAUCGAGGAGCACACGGAAUCAUUAUUGUUUAUGAUGUUACUGAUUUGGAAAGUUUCAACAAUGUUAAGCAGUGGUUACAUGAAAUUGAUAGGUAUGCCAAUGACAGUGUGUGCAAGCUUCUUGUCGGGAAUAAAUGUGAUCUAGUCGAUAACAAGGUUGUUCACACAGAGACUGCCAAGGCUUUUGCAGACGAGCUCGGUAUUCCUUUCCUUGAGACAAGUGCUAAAGACUCGAUCAAUGUGGAACAAGCUUUCUUAACUAUGGCAGCCGAGAUUAAGAAGAAGAUGGGAAGCCAACCAAGUGGAAGCAAGUCAGCUGACUCUGUUCAGAUGAAGGGGCAACCAAUCCCACAGAAUAACAACUGUUGUGGUUAGGUUGAACUUGUAAAUUGUCAUCUCUUUUUUAACUCUUACGGUAAAAUAGAGAGGCCCUGUUUCUAUAAUCUGUUAUGACAUGAAUAUGUUUUAGACACUGCUAAAAAAACCAUUUAUUAACUCUUAUGGAUAAUAUAGCUGUGACUCUUAUGGUGA